AUGCCGCCUGCCGGAGCUCACAACCCCACCACGGAGGCACUAAGCCCCACCUCGCCGUCGCACGCCGCCCGCCGCAAACCAACGUCCGCGACUCCACCAUGGAGCCGCCAAGCACUGCCCGCCAACAGAGCGCGCACCACAUCGAGGGACAACGAGGGCGGAGAAGCUAGAUCUGGCCAAGCCCGAUCAGGAUCCGGCCUCUCCCCGCGCUUACGCCGCUCCCGCAGCCCUGCAUCUCGCUCGCGCUCAUGGCGUUGCAGACAGCGCGCGCAACGCCGCGGAGAGGGGAGAAACAGCCCCGCCGCCACCUUCCUUGGGGCACGCGCGGACUUCGCCGGCGGCCCCUCCAGCGGCGGCGAAGCGAGGGAGCGAGGGUCUGGCGGCGGCGACCCUAGGUUCCUUGGAUCGGGGGAGGAGGAGAUGAGGGAGCGAUGGAGCGGGGGCCUGGCGGCGGCGGCGCUGCGGCGCUAG